CAAAGUACUUCACUGGCCCGUAGGUCUGUGUGUGAUUUGUUUGUUUAUUAUGUCACGUGUUGUUUUAUCAUGUGAGACUCCGGACAGGCAUGAAAUUCAAGCGCGUCUUACCUGUUUAUCACCUUAAUUUGUAUUCUGUUACUUAGAUAAAAGGAGUACAUUGUAAAAUUUAACAAUACAUUUUUAUUAAUGGCAAAUUCGGUGUCAUCACCCAACAAGCAUGAGCAUUUAUAUAAAAUAUUGGUUAUUGGUGAAUUGGGAACAGGAAAAACAAGUAUCAUUAAAAGAUAUGUUCACCAAUUUUUUUCACAAAAUUACAGAGCAACUAUAGGUGUUGAUUUUGCCCUGAAAGUUUUGAACUGGGAUACCAACACUCUUAUUCGUUUACAACUUUGGGAUAUUGCAGGACAGGAAAGAUUUGGAAAUAUGACACGUGUUUAUUAUAAAGAAGCUGUUGGUGCCUUUAUUGUGUUCGAUGCUAAUCGAUCUGUCACCUUUGAUGCUGUUAUGAGGUGGAAAACUGAUCUAGACUCAAAAGUCAGUCUACCUGAUGGAAGUAAAAUUCCCUGUGUUCUGUUAGCAAAUAAAUGCGAUCUACCUUUUGAAGGUACAGUUACAAAUCCUAACUCUAUGGAUGAGUUUUGCCAAGAAAAGGGAUUUUCCGGCUGGUUUUUGACAUCUGCCAAGGACAAUCUUAAUGUUGAUGAAGCUUCUCGCUUUUUAGUCAAAAAGAUCCUUGAGAGUCAAGAUUCUGUCAUUGCGGAUGAGAUAGAUACUGAUCGAGCCAUACUCACAGAUUACCAAAUUCCAAUGGCUCAACCAGCUCGCAGAAAACUUUGUUGCUAGUACGUACAGAACCAUUCCUCCAUGGGAAUUUUUAACCUGCAUCGCACCCAGUGCCUCACUUUUUAUACAAAUUUUCGUUGCAUUUUGUUAAUUUUGGAUUAUAUUUAACGUUUUUUUUUGUGAUAAAAACUUUAUUUUUGUAUAGAUUUACUAAUGUAAGUAGUUUUUGUAUAGUUAGCUCAAUUUAAACUAUAUUUGUCUCUCUCUUUAUGCCUACUUAUUAAUGCCUUUAGAAUCAAAAUUUUUCAAUUAUUUAGCUUUUGUAAGUUUUGAAACUGCAAUAUAUUUCAUACUUGUUGAUCUACUGUUAAUAAAAGUAAAAUUAGUAUUGUAAAAUUUCA